AUGCUCAAUUUUUCAACAAUCGCCUUAUUUUUGGCUGCCACUGCCGCCAACUCGCUCAUCAUCCCAUUCUCUUCGCUUACAAAUAAGCUAAUUUUCAAAAACGGCUCUCAGCUUUUUGUUUCGUCAGAAGAACCUCUAGCCACACUUCAAAAGAUUGUUUUCUACAACUCGGUCGAAAACAAAACGUAAGUUUAAAAUUUCGAAGUUCAAUCAAUAAAUUAAAGAUCACAAAACGGCUUAACUACCCGCCCCCCUUUUUUAGAAAGAGGAAUCUUGACAGCCCGUGUACUAAAAAUAGAUUUUGAAGUUUUGGUAGUCCUAACUACAGCAAAAAAACAAACUUUAAGCAGUCCCAAAAGCAGCUAAAAAAAUACGGUUAUGGAAACCCUUAUUUCUAUUCAACUUAAUUUUCCAUCUAACUUCUUAACUCUAGAAAAUUAUACUCUAGCCACCCAGCAUUUUUUGAACUCAGUGAAAUCCAGAAAAUUGGUUGUCUUCAGAGCCUGGGACAUCUCGCAAUCGUCGGCCGGGAAAAAUGGGCAAAUCAGCGAGAAAAUCGGCUACAUUCUGCCGGACGACUCCCAGCUCUCCAUUACCGGCGUCGAUAUUCGAAGAAUUGACGGAUUUGUCUACGUCAUCGCUCCCGAAGACGUCUCCACUAGUGAUUCUAAUUGAAUGACCACAGAAAAACUAUCAAUUCAGGCGGCACUUUCCACGUUUACGACGUAAAAAGUCGAGCUGAAUCGUUUGUUAUGAAGGACAUUGUCAGCACGAACGUCUUCUUCUCAACGUAUAAGCCGACUACUGAUGCAUCUAUUCCUGCUUAUUCUGCGGUCCUGAGUAACUUCAACUACCCUUCUGUAAGUUUACUCCAUUUAUAUAAAAAUUGAGAAAGAAGGAACUUGAGAAAUGAAUCAUUUUUUAGACUACUAAAAUCUCCAUUUACUAUGGCGAGCCUUCGGCUGCUAAUGAGGCUUCUCGAUUGCUUUUCGACAGUUCUCGUAAUAAUGGGUACGUUAAAUCUUGAAAAAAUGAUCUAUUAUUGAUUUUUUACGAUCUUUAUGGUAAAAUCUGAUCUUUUUCAGGAACACCAAAAUUCAAAGUUUGACGAUUCCUCUCGGCAACUUUUACGUCAAAACUAGCGGCGGCCUCUGUUCUUUCGACAUUCGACAAGAUUACAGUGAGUAUUUUCUUUGAUGGAGGUCUCUUUAGAAAAAACGGAAGACUUUUUGAAUCACAAGAGUUGAAAUCUGCUUUUCUUUAUGAAACUUAAAUAAUCAUAGUUUUUGAAUAAUCGAUUACUAACUAGAAAGGUGAGAAGAUUCAAAACCUGGUUUUUCGAGAUAGAAUGAUUUUUGAAGUUGGCGGAGCAGCUCCAAAAAGAGUCCUGAAUAAGUUCUGCAGUCGAACUUCAUAGGGGAGUAUAGAAGGCAGCUUCAAGUUUUGGCAGUCCCAAUCUCAAAAUUUUUGGCAGUCCCAAGAGCAGCUCCAAUCAGAGCUCCGAAAUUUUGGCAGUCCCAAUCUCGAAAUUAUCCAAAAGUUUUAAAAUAUUUGGCAGCUGCAAUCACUGCUUUCAAAUUUUGGCAGUCCUAAUCUCGAAAUUAUCCAAGAGUUUUAAAAUAUUUGGCAGUCCCAAGAGCAGCUCCAAUCACAGCUUUAAAAUUUUGGCAGUCCCCAUCUCAAAAUUAUCUAAGUUUUAAAAUAUUUGGCAGUCCCAAUCUCAAAAAUCAUCUAAAGUUUUAAAAAUAUUUGGCAGUCCCAAAAACAGCUCCAAUAACAGCUCCGAAAUUUUGGCAGUCCUAAUCUCGAAAUUAUCUAAAAUUUUUCUAAAGUUAAUAAACGGGUACCAACGCGCACAAUGGAAGAAUCACUGAAUCAUUUCAGACCCUGUGACGAAAUCUUCGGCUUUGACGACAAUGGGCGCCUUAGUCAGCCAAAACUAUCCGAACACUGAAGUUGAUGCAAUGGAGACCAAUGAAGUCUCUUUUGAAAACCCAAAUCUUCUCAAUGUCACUAUUACUUUCAAUGUAAGUGAAAGGACUCACGAAAAAGAUAACCAAUACUUUCAGGUCCUUCUGAAAAACCUCAAAUCCCUUAAAAUAACCCUAUUUGGCCCUUCGAACUCCGAAAUCUUUAGGUUUGUCAUGAUUCCUCUCGAACGCCCAAUUUUUUUUCUUAAGCUUCACUGAUACCGAACUUCCAAACAAUCUUGACUCAAACUCAACCUCUGCGGAAGUGACUCGCCAAUUCCCCAUUCAAAGGAUUCGAUUCGACUCGCUUGGACCAUUUGCCGUUCAGUAUAACCUCGAAGGUUGUGUAUUUCCCUCAAAAUAAAUUUUAUAAGGAAUUUUCAGCUCCCUAUGCAUCAACUACCGCCGAAGUCAUUACAACCACCCGAUCCAGUUCUGGAACCAGUCUUCUCACUCUCUUCGGCUCCCUCUCCCUCCUGACUCUUUUGAAAUAA